GACUUUGAGUCAAAAUCCAAUCGAACCUCACUUUGCCACAGAUGACAGAACAAUCUCAAAUGGAUAAUUCAAUCCAUUAACAAAUUCUUCAUAAAAAAUGGAGCCAAAUCAUUUAAUUUUCACACUCAAAAACUUAAUCGCCAUUCUGAUUUCUCUCUAUUUCCUUAAACCCUUUGCCCAUUUAAAAUCAUCUCUUCUCGGCGUUCAUCCCUUAGAUGAAAAUUACUUUGAUUCGAGUGUUAUCAAGUGCAAAGAUGGAUCGAAAUCGUUCGGUAGAGAGCGUUUGAAUGAUGAUUUUUGUGACUGUGUUGAUGGGACUGAUGAACCUGGAACUUCAGCCUGUCCCAGAGGCAAAUUUUAUUGCAGGAAUUUAGGAAGUAAACCUCAAUUUAUCUUUUCAUCUCGUGUUAAUGAUAAAAUAUGCGAUUGUUGCGAUGGGAGUGAUGAGUAUGAUAGUGAUGUUAAGUGCCCAAACACGUGCGUCAUGGGUGGAAAUUUGGAGUACCGGGCAGGAAAUCGUAUUUCAUCUUCUAAUGCAAAUGAAUCGAAGGAUAAAAUUCAGCAGGAUGAUUUUUUACACAAGGCUACAGGGUUGCAGAUGGUAAUAAUCCUGCAGGCAGCUGUCCUCUUUGGUUGCGGGCUAACAUAUAGAUUAUUUCGUCGGCAUAGCAAAUUAAAAAGAAGGCGUAUCAGGAAUGAACUGCAUUGAUGUAUUAGAUAGAGUCAUAUGAGUUGUCAAAGAAUCCGAUCUCCACGGCUAAACUAAACACAUCCAUGUAAGGUUUCAUUUCUUGAGCAAUGCUGAAGAUGGAGAUAUUAAAUUGGUGCACUGUGGUACAACGGAACAUGCUGCUGAUAUUAUGAACAAAUCUUUGAAACGUGAGACACCUUUAUGAAGUUGCAAAGUCGGAUCGGAGUUUGAACAAGAAAUGGCUGCUGAUUUUGUACUUAUUUAUUUGGUUUCAAGUUGUAAAAGUUCUAUUAAAGUGAGCACUGCAUCAAAUUAUACAUAAAAACUCGGUCAUUUACUUGAGUGUUCUUAACUUUGUUAACAAACACAAUGAUACUUAAGAAUCUUGAACUA